GCUAUAGGUAGGGAAUAAACUGUUAUUUACCGCAAGUCAAUAUAAAGGCUUUCACACGAAGACGCGAUCACUUGAUGAGAAAGUGAUGUAGAUCGUGGUUAUCCUAUUGGAAUCGAAAAUACAAAUCCAUUCGCGAGUUCCAUAGAAAACGAUCGAUGGUCUUCGAAAAUGGCUUGUUGCAAGAUAUAUCUAACGUUAUCAGCUCUAAUUACUUGUCACGUGAGUGCAAAUUAUGAGUACGAGCGUGCGAAAAGUUUGAGCCCAGAAAGUACAUCGCAUCCUUGGUAUAAGCAGUAUGAGGUUUACGAGAGUGCUCCUUCUGAGAUUCUGCCUCAUUAUAAUUUUUAUGGAUUUAAAAAUCGACCUGUAGGUUAUUCCGGAAGUCCAUCUGAACCUUUCCCGAUUACUAAGAAAGAACCUAUAGAAGAGAAAAACUUGAAAAAGAUUCCAUUUUAUGCGUUCGCUAACAAAGAUUCCACGAGGUACAAGGAAUUGACUCCUAAUUUUGGAGUUGCGCAUUGUCAAGAGAUUAAGGUGAAAUCGGCCGGAAAGAAUGGCAAACCAAGGAAAGGCAUUACGACUUGCUACAAUUGCAAGGAUCCCAAAACUAAAUCCACAUACGAACGUUGUUUAUAUAGUAGUAAUCCAGAAGAGAGCACAUCCGCUAAUACGAAGGUAGAACGUUAUCUAUCCGCGCCUGCUGGCUUCAGAUAUCGAAGGUCCAAUUUCGAAAGAAAUAAAAAUAAUUAUGGACAAUUAGGGAGUCCUUACCGGUUCACUGAUGAAUAUUUCACUGAUGCCAGUCAUGACGUACCGGCUGCGUACAAAAACAAGGGAGAACAAUGCGAUAAGGUCGUGAAAGAUUCCAUGGUGUGCAUGGUGUGCAAGGAUCCUAAGACCAAUGGCAAAUACGAGCAGUGCUCGUAUGUACGGCAGCCACAUGAGAAAGCGUACUCCUAUGCCAAAUCCAGUUCAUUUGGAAAACCUCGGGAAAACGAUAGCGACGAACGUCCCGAGUCAACUUCUCAUUCCGAAGAUGACGAGGAGUCUAAUGAGCAAACAGAUCGUAGUCCGAGUACCGUAGAGCCUCGUGAAUACUCUUAUCCUACCGAGGAUUAUUCCGAGAAGGCUUCGACAGUGGAUAAACGAGAAGAAGCACAGGAUCCUUCAGCAGAUUGUAAACAGAUAGAAAAGGAUUCCAAGACCUGCACGGUUUGCAAGGACCCGAAGACAGGCGGUACUUAUGAAAAAUGCACGUAUAAUUAUCAACCCAGCGAUAAGUUAUAUAAAUACAGCAAAUCGAAAAGCUUUGGAUAUCCGGAUAAGAAAUCGGAAUCCAUUCGAGAUUUAAACAAGACUCAAACAUUGGACAAAUCGAAAAAUUACGAUUAUCCGCAAAGCUCCGAGUCUACGCAUGAUUAUUCAGAGAAAUCGGAACCCUCUACUUAUCCACGGAGAUCCGACAGAGCCGGAGAAGCUCAAGUCCCGAAUGAGUCCGACGGUACAUCUCACGAUUCAUCCGACUACAGUAGCGAUUAUUCUAUUCCCGAAAAAUCGAGUGAUUAUCAAUUUCCAUCGCGUAACAACGACAACGACCACGAAUCUUACGAAAGCCAAAAGACACCUUCCUCAAAACCUGUUUCGGAACAUUACUCCGAAAAUAUCGGCGCGGAUAAUUGUAAAACGAUUCAGAAGGACUCAAUGACGUGCAAGGUUUGCAAGGAUCCGGAAACGGGCAACGAUUUCGAACAGUGUUCGUACUCGUAUCAGCCCAGUGACAAGCUUUACUCUUAUAGUAAAUCCAGCUCGUUUGGCAAUCCAAAGAACGACAAAUCCGAGCAAACGUCGCACGAAGACGAGCACCCGUCAGACAGUUCCGAGACUACGAAGAAGUCUUACGGCGAAUACGUUCCAGGACAAGCUUACGAAGCUUCGACAGCGGAUGAAACAAGGUCCAAGGAUGAUGCGGAAGGCAAGAAAGGAGUGGACGCCGGAUACUUGGACACUGUGAAAAAGAAGGCCGAGAUCGAGGAGUUCAUGCACAACUUUCGAAAGGAGGAUCGAUCCAAGUGUAAAAAGAUCACGCGCGAUAAAAUGACUUGCUACCAGUGCGUCGACGACGAAGGCUUUCAGAAAGAGGAAUGCGCAUUUGUCACCGGACGCGAACCUGACAAGGAUCAGCUCGUGUUUCACGAGACGAAAGAAUUUCAAGUUGAUGCCGCACCGUCGCGAAAUAUUCGCGACUUCAAGCCUACAAGCUCGAGGAAGACGAAGGCGGUAGAGUCUUUGGAGCCUAGCGCGUCAGCUAGCAGAAAUACUUAUGUUAGACUGGAGAAGCCGGACAAUGAAUAUCCUGACGAAGCGUCGUAUACGGCCGCGGCGGAGGAGACGAAGGAGGCCGAACCGUAUGAUUACACGUCGGAAACAAGAGCUAAAUACGACAAGGUCCUUAAAUUAACUCUUCCGGCGUACAUGUUUAGUACUUCGGAACACGAAGCGGCGUUUGACGAGAUCGUAGCUUCCAGCCAUAAUGAUAAUUAGGCAUUCGUUGGCACUAUUAUUGCUUCUUCUUAUCAUUACGUAUCCCGUUACCCUUUAUCUUCAAAUAGGAAAUUUCUCGGUACAAGACAUUCUACUCCAGCA